AUGAAUGGGGGGUGGAGAGGGAAACUACACCACCCAGCAUUCCGCGCUUCGCGGGGUGGGAGAGACUACAUCGCCCAGGAUGCAACGCGCCGAGACUGCAGUUACCAUGGCGACGCCUCUCCAGAGCCGAAGCUGCACCAGGCUGCAGUGAGUUGGACAAGGCCUCACAUCCAGCAGAGCCCCGGCAGGGCCCCGGGCACAAGCCGCGCUGCUACAUCUGCCAUUGUCUGUCUGUCAGCCACAAAAGCAAUGUCUCACUGGGGCCCGUAUAAACUGGACGAUGGCACAUCCUUUGCCACCAAUUGCUUUCCAAUUCGGAAGUCCUUCCAGCAGAGAAACGAAGGUCUAGGGCAAUGGCUAGUGAGCCACAGAAGCAUGAAGCAGCCCAACUUCCAGGUGGUGAUCUGUGCAAAACCUCUGGGUCGCUGGUACCCCGAACCGGAGCCCGAGAUUAAUAUCCCUCUUUUAGUCACGAGGGAAGGUGUUCCCAUUGUAGAGAACAUCCUGGACAAAGAAUUCCUGUGUGACACUCUGGUUGUAACAGGAGAAGAGACCAUGUCGGUGACUCUGAGCUUACAGUCCAGACGAGAACUGAGGGAGCCCCCUCCUUUGGAUGAGCUUCCUAUCUUGUGCCCUGGUCAGAUGGCGCUGUUUUGUGUGGACAGUCACUCCGACCUGUGCAUCGUGGACAUCCGCGACAAGCACCUGGUGGGCGCAAAAGAAAAGGAUUUUAAAUUGUUUGACAAUGUGGUUUAUAUCAAUGCCACAGAAAACCAUCUGCAGUUUGACAUGUUCCGGACCUUCCCAAUCAUCCGGGAGCUGACAUUGCAGCUGAACAUGCUCAAGAAGCUGAAUGUGAUCCAGGGUGACUACCCUUACCUAGAGGUGCUGGAUCUCUCCUACAAUCACCUGCACGUAUGUGACAUUCUCCAUCUCGGGCUCCUGCCACGGCUCAAGAACUUGUCUCUGGCUGCCAACGGCCUGGAGACCCUGCCUCGCAACCUGGCUGCUGACUAUUACACAGGCUGGAAAAUGUUGCCCCGGUUCCUGAGACUUGAGACCCUAGUCCUGGAAGACAAUAAGUUCUCUCACUCCUGUGUCUUCUUCAGCCUGGCUGAUCUCAAGAGUCUGAAGUAUUUGAACCUUGAUGGCAACCAGCUGAGUGAGGUGCCAUACCUGCAUGAGACCAAUCUGUGCCCCCUGAACCCUUGUCUGAUCUGCAAAAUACCCUGCGAGAUGCAUAAGAAGAUCUUGUGUGAGAAGGAGCUGCCCCUGUGCAGGACUGAGCUUCAGGAAGCGGUGUCACUCGAACUUAUGACCGACAGUGAAUCCAGAUCAAACAGGUUUAAAAGUGACGAUGAAAUGUCCGAGAUGAACUUCCCCACAUUCUCCCCGCUGGACGUGCCGGAUUCCCUGCCCUUCAUCCAAUCAGAGAUCGCAAGGGCGGAGUGGACAGGGUUCUGUGACCCCAAAUGUGUGGAACGCAAGCAACCGGGGGAGUUUGUCCUGCCUUUUGCUCAGCUGCUAGACCUGAGCAUCUCCCACAACGAGGUAAAACACGAGGAGGAUCUCCUGGCUCUCGGCCUCUUCCCUUCACUCAAAAAACUCACCAUGUUUCAUAAUCCUGUGGUAGAGCUGAGUGGCGGGAAACUCGAGUUACUUCAUAGUUUUCUGCAGGAGAAUCUCGGCAUCCAGGUCCUCAGCCACGAGCCCCCACCACCCCCCAAACCAACCAUCAGCCAGUUCCUCAAACUCAAACGCAAGGUUGGCACUGGAAUGCUGAAGGUCAGGAAGGUUGUGAAGUCGGAAUGGAAAGGGUCGCCUCUCGGGGAGGAGGUGUCCAAUGCAUUGAGCUUGGCGUAUGCCACAGUCGGGAGCAACAAGGCUAGACCCCUCUUCACACAGCAGCAACAGCAGGGGCCCCAGCCCGAGGAGGAGGAAGAGGAGGAGGAGGAGGAAGAAGAGGAGGACGAGUUUGGGUCGGACUCUAAAAAGUCUGUGGAGACCUUUUUCCUCACUCAGGUGGACGAUGAUAAUGUGUCGAGCUUGGAAUCCCCCAACCUGGUAGAGAGCAUGCAUUCGCCAUCCGUGACCAGCAUCCCAUGGAAAUACAGAGGCUACGAGGAUCUGCUCAACAGCAAAACAGACCCUGGCUUUGUCCAACCAAAGGGGAUACAGCAAAGCGUUUGUCAGCUAGAGCACACCCUGAGGAAGCUGCAGCUCUACCCAGACCCACACGCCAGGGUGGACCUUCUGCGAGUCCCCUAUAUACCCAAGGAGAGCAAGCUGCGGAAGCUUCCAGCCAUCCCACCUCGUAAAGGCAGAGUGAAAAGGCUGGACGGAUUACUCCGGAAAAUCCGUGAGAGGUCGGCGCUGACCGAAAUUCCUUUAGCCAGGGCCCUGUGGCAGGAGAUCCAGCGACAGGAGUAUGGUGAUGCGAUGACCUUACUCAAGCGGCUACAGAGGAAGUACAAGGAGGCUCACCUCCAGCUGCAGGAGAACAUUGCGGCGCUGAGGGUAGAGUGUGAGGCUACUGCCAACAAGGAAAGCCUGCCAUCCUCCCCUCAGCCCCAGCACAGCAGCACCCAGACCGCAGACAACACCUCCAACACAGUGCAAUGACAGCAGUGACUCCAAUCCACCACCGGGGAGGAACAAAGGACAGAAUAAAGAGUUCUUGUUUUGUA